AAUGACGAGGAGAUGCUCGUGUGCCCAAAGCGCGAUGGUGCAGCACAACUAAUGAUCGUUUGUUGCUAUUACAGUAUGACAUGAGGGCGAGCAUAAUGACCAUUUAUCCUGCGUUGUGUGCGCCGAUGAGAAGCAAGUGAUCCAAAGCCCUCACACGGAGGUUGCAGUGGGAAUCUUGAUGACGUUCAUUGAGCGUUGGUGGUUGCUGAGUCCCGCGCUACCGUUUCUUUCACCACCUGCAUGCUGGUAUGCCGUCGAAACUUUCGUUCCUCCCGAGGUCGUCGCUCCGCCUGGCUCGGACUGGAUAAAUAUUGGGAUUAGUUUUGUCUGCCUUGUUAUCACUUGCACCUCCAGGCACUCUUCGUACCUGCACCAAAUUUCCCUUCUCGCAAACCUUCUAUCUCACGCCCGAACACUGUGUCUUGACUCAGUGUGUUGCCGAAUCUGCCCUGCCUACGUGGAGCAGCCAAAGUGGCCUUUACGAUUCAUUUAUCACGAGCUCUCCUACAUGGCCAUUUCUAUGAUUCAAUAACACUUGCUCAAACCCGGAAAGGGAAGCAGUCGCGUCGAGUGGACAGACGAAUCGGAAAACUUCAGGAAGUUCGCUCGCCUGACUGAGCUACAAUCUCAAGGAGUCCAUUUCAUUCAUUUUCU